CACUCAUCCAGGGGAGGCGGGCUGGCUGGCUUUGGCACGAGGAAAUGAAUAGUGAAACAACUACAGUCGUUUGUUGCCGGUCACUGCACAACUAUUGUCGAGCUGAAAAUCAAAAAUGAGCAGAGCUGCCUGUCUUCUCGUAAUUAUCAGCUUAAUGAGUCCUGCCGCUGAGGCGCUGGACAAUGGGCUGGCGCUGAAACCCACCAUGGGCUGGCUGCACUGGGAGAGGUUCAUGUGUAACAUCGACUGUGACACGGACCCAAAUAACUGCAUCAGUGAGCGUCUGUACAUGCAGAUGGCAGAUGUGAUGGUGAAGGAGGGCUGGAAAGAGGCCGGUUACGAGUACGUCUGCAUCGAUGACUGUUGGCCCUCCCACCAGCGUGAUGCCCAGGGCCGCCUGCAGGCAGACCCCAAACGAUUCCCAGGAGGCAUCAAGAAACUGGCCGACUAUAUUCACUCUAAGGGCCUGAAGCUGGGUAUCUACGCAGAUGUGGGGGACAAAACCUGUGCUGGAUAUCCUGGGAGCCUGGGUUACUACGAGAAAGAUGCUCAGACUUUUGCUGACUGGGAUGUUGAUCUGCUCAAAUUUGAUGGUUGCUUCAUGAAUCGGGCUUUGCUGGGAGAGGGCUACAUAAACAUGUCAAAAGCACUGAACAACACUGGACGGCCUAUCCUGUACUCUUGUGAGUGGCCGUUGUACGAGUGGCCUUUAAAACAGCCUAACUACACAGCUAUCCGUGAGACUUGUAAUCACUGGCGCAACUUUGAUGACGUGUUCGACUCGUGGAGCUCCAUCAAAUCCAUCUUGGACUGGACUGCUGCUCAUCAGGACAUCAUCGUCCCUGCAGCUGGACCUGGAGGCUGGAAUGACCCCGAUAUGCUUGUAAUUGGGAACUUUGGUCUGAGUCACGACCAGCAAGAGUCUCAGAUGGCGUUAUGGGCCAUCAUGGCAUCUCCUCUACUCAUGUCCAAUGAUCUCAGAGACAUUUGUCCUCGCUCCAAGGAGCUCCUGCAGAACAAACGCAUUAUAGACAUCAGCCAAGAUUCAAUGGGCAAGCAGGGAUAUCGCACUGCCAAGGGGAACGAUUUUGAAGUGUGGGAGAGGCCGCUGUCGAAGAACCGCCUGGCUAUUGCUGUGCUGAACAAACUGGAGACAGGCGGUCCUCGAGGGUUCAACAUUGGGGCUGCCCCCGGUUGGAAAAUCUGUGGCUCACAGUGCAACGUCACACAGAUCCUGCCUCAGUACAAGGAGAUGGGAGUUCAGACUCAGCAGAGCAAAAUAAUUGUAUCUGUCAACCCUUCAGGCACAGCUCUGUUGACUGUCACUCCCAUCAGCAGCGAUUUCAGAAGGCUUCACAAGCUGAACUGGCAGGGUACAUUUGUCAGACGAAAGCACACCAUUUUGUAGUCCUCAGGUGGUUAAACGCACUCGAGACGUGUACAAUAUCUAAAUUGUCUGGGAAAAAAUUGAAGCUGAAUAACUUUUAGGUGUUUAUCUUGUGUAAAUCUUAGUGAAUUAAAAUGGUAGCUUAAAGCAGCCUGGAAAUGGAUUACACUUCAUUGGUCCCAUUUAUAUCCAAUAAAUUAGACACUUGCUGUUAACUGUCUAGACUACUGAAAGGUUAAAUUACCAUAAGAGACAAAGCUUGAAUUUUUUGUACAAGGGAAAAAAGGAUUAAACUCAAAAACUCAAAA